CACAACUCGGUCGCAAACAUGGCUGCCGUUGCUCCCUUCAACCCCCGGCCGCUGCUCCAGAGCCUGUACGUCCCGCACCUCACCUACCUACCCCAUGACGACCCAGCACGCGCACCGCCACCCCAUAUUCCCCGAUGCUAAUCUGCGCAGCGUCGACAAGGACAUUGUCGUGCGCCUCAAGUGGGGCGAGACCGAGUACAAGGGCAGACUCGUGUCGGUCGAUCUGUACAUGAACAUCCAGCUGUCCAACACGGAGGAAUUCGUCAACGGCGUCAGCUCCGGCACCCUGGGCCAGGUGCUGAUCCGCUGCAACAACGUGCUGUGGAUUGGGCACGCCGAUGGCGUCGAGAGCAAGAAGGGGGAUACGGCUAUGAGCGGUUGAGCGGCGCGGCUGGAGGAGGGUGAAUAUGGGUUAUCAAAAGUUUGUGCAAAGCACAGGGAGAGAGACACGAAGCGCU